GAGAGAGAGAGAGAGAGAGAGAGAGAGAGAGAGAGAGAGAGAGAGAGAGAGAGAGAGAGAGAGAGAGAGAGAACAAUCUUUCAACUCGUCUUUUUUAGAUGCUCUGAUAUUCCCCUGCAAAAGGAUUCAGUCUGCAGCUUGUUGGGACCGGCUGGUUUUCCUAAAUACAGAUUUCUAGCACUAAAGUUGGACCCCGAUAACAUUUAAAAAAAAAUGUUGUGAAGCAGUUUUCAAUUAUUACGCAGUUUUAUCUGUUCUUCAAAGAAGGAUGCUGUGGAUAACUCUAUUAAGCACAAUAGCUCUAGGAUGGACUACGCCGAUCCCCUUGCUGGAGGACUCAGAGGAAAUAGACGAGCCUUGUUUUGACCCCUGUUACUGUGAAGUAAAAGAAAGCAUUUUCCAUGUACAUUGCGACAGCAAAGGAUUUACAAAUAUCAGUCAGAUUUCACAGUUAUGGUCGAGGCCAUUUAAACUUUACCUGCAGAGGAACUCCAUGAGAAAACUGUAUUUAAACAGUUUUCUUCAUUUGAACAACGCUGUGUCGAUCAACUUGGGUAACAACGCACUGCAGGACAUUCAUGCCGGUGCUUUUAAUGGCUUGAACAUUUUAAAAAGGCUGUAUCUCCACGAAAACAAACUGGAGGUGUUCCGAAAUGACACGUUCGGGGGGUUAGAAAGUCUGGAAUAUCUACAGGCCGAUUAUAACGUUAUUAAAAGAAUCGAAAGUGGAGCAUUUAGGAACUUGAGUAAACUAAGGGUACUCAUACUGAAUGACAAUUUGAUCCCUAUGCUACCAAACUUUUUAUUCCGGUCUGUGUCUUUAACGCACCUUGAUUUGAGAGGAAACCGGUUAAAAACCCUCUCUUACAGAGGCAUGUUGGAAUACAUUGGCAGGAGCCUUAUGGAGAUCCAACUGGAAGAAAAUCCAUGGAACUGUAACUGCGAGAUUGUCCAGCUGAAAACGUGGCUGGAACGCGUUCCUUACACAGCUCUGGUUGGGGAAACUACGUGCGAGUCGCCCUUUCACUUUCACGGCAAAGAUUUGAGGGAAAUAAAAAGAAGUGAAUUGUGUCCUCUGCUGUCUGAAUCCGAGAUUGAAGCUAGUCUUGGAAUACCACGCCUGCCAUUUAAUAAUGAGAAUGCAUGGCCUACAAAACCCUCUUCCAUGCUGUCUUCUUACCAUAACACGGCCUCUUCAGUUGAGUAUAAGACAUCUGACAAACAGCCAAGACCAACAAAAAAACCUAGGCUACAUAGAAUGCCACCAACCCCCCGCAGUAUUUACCCAGGACCAAAUCAGCCUCCUAUAGCUGCUUACCAGACAAGACCGCCUAUACCAAUCAUUUGCCCCACUGGGUGUACUUGUAAUUUACACAUUAACGAUUUAGGAUUGACAGUUAAUUGCAAAGAAAAGGGGUUUCUUAAUAUAUCUGAACUCCUUCCCAGACCACUAAAUGCAAAGAAACUGUACUUAAGUGGAAAUUUAAUACAGAAAAUAUACAGGUCUGAUUUCUGGAACUUUUCAAGCUUGGAUUUACUUCAUCUGGGUAAUAACAGGAUAUCUUCUGUUCAAGAUGGGGCUUUCAUCAAUCUUCCCAAUUUAAAAAGCCUAUAUUUAAGCGGGAAUGACAUCGAAAGACUAACGCCUGGCAUGUUCAGGGGGUUACAGACAUUACGCUAUCUGUACUUUGAAUACAACGUCAUAAGAGCAAUACAGCCCGCUGCAUUUAGUUUGAUGCCGAAUCUUCAGCUGCUGUUUCUCAAUAACAACCUACUUAGAACGCUGCCAACCGACACCUUUGCAGGCACUUCUCUUGCAAGGCUGAAUCUAAGAAAUAACUACUUUCUGUAUUUGCCAGUGAGCGGAGUACUUGAGCACUUGAAUUCCAUUGUACAGAUUGAUCUGCACCAGAACCCCUGGGAUUGCACGUGCGACAUAAUACCCCUAAAACAGUGGAUGGAAAAGCUUAGCUCUGUUAUAGUGGUGGGAGAGGUAAUAUGUAGAACACCAGAGUUUGUGUUUGGGAAGGAUCUGAGGUCUCUUGAAAUCGAUCUGCUGUGCCCAGAACUGAAGUACGUUGCAGCAUCACCUGCUUUGCCCGAUGAUGUGAUCUCAACCACUAAUUCUGGGCUAGGACUCUCUCCAGCAAGGGGCGCUAUCCCCCUUUCUGUUCUCAUACUGAGUCUUCUAAUCCUAUUCAUCUCCGCUGUUUUCAUUGCCGCUGGAUUCUUUGCUUUUGUGUUAAGGAGGCGAAAGAAACUGCCCUUCAGGACAAGACAGGAAGUAGACUUGACUGGCAUUCAAAUGCAAUGCAGGAUAUUCGAGGAAAGACAAAAUGCGUCUCCUGAGAAAACUCCCGGUCACGUAUAUGAUUACAUACCCCAUCCCGUGACAGAAAUGUGUAACAACCCCAUAUACAAACCCAGAGAAGGGGAAAUGGAGGAGCAAUUUGUCGAGACUAAAGAAAAUAAUACAAACUAUAGGACUUUAAUAGAGAAAGAGAAAGAGUGGGCAAUGGCAGUAUCCAAUUCCCAGCUUAACACUAUAGUUACAAUAAAUCAGUCGGGGGACAUAGCAGGUUUUCACGAAAAUGGUGUUCUGUGUCCAAAUGUUAUAGAGAGAGAACGGCCAUCUCCGACAGUGGGCUUUGUAGACUGUCUUUAUGGCACAGUUCCCAAGCUAAAGGACUUGCACGCACACCCUCCUGGAAUGCAGUAUCCCGAUUUACAGCAAGACACCAGGCUGAAAGAAACACUCCUUUUCAACGCUGGAAAGGGAUUACCUGACCAAACCCAAAGCGAAUACCUCGAGUUAAGGGCCAAACUCCAAACCAAGCCGGAUUACCUCGAAGUCCUGGAGAAAGCAACAUAUAGAUUUUAGUUACAGAACGUUUUUUUCUUUCUUUUUUUUCAUAGCCCAAAAAGCAGCAUGAUAAAAAAAAUACACACACACACACACACACA